GCAGUUUCACUCCGUCCGGGGCAACGGCUGUCGUCGUCUGUAUCGUCUGUAUCGAUACGACAAACGAGUCUUGUUUACAUUUACAAUAUUUUGAAACAUCUCACGAUUCGUGUUUUACCGGAAGGACUAAUUUUGUAAACGUAAUGGAGACAAUUGAAGGGAAAAUAACUGCUAUAAGCCAUAUUAUUUACAUCAAUCCCAAAAGUCUAUUUUUUGAAGUGUCAUUGGAAAAUCAGAGAUGGAAUAUCAUGGUGACUGACAGAAACCACCUGACUAAUUGGAAAGAAAUUUUAGUAAUGAGACAGUGGAUUAAAUUAGAUGAGCUAAAGAGAGUAACCAUUUCUGGACACGCCAGCAGCAAGCCGAUAUCUGUUUUGGAAACCACCAAAACCUCCCAAUUAACCAGAAUUGAAAAGGCUAUAGUGAAAUAUUCCUUGUCAUCCAACUUGAUCAAUUAUGAGGGUAAAGUCACAGAUGACGCUUUUGGGUCUUCAGGCUUUUAUCAACUUGACGACAGCCUAACCCUGUGCCUUACGUACAUGAAAUUGGUCACCAGCAUACCAAUUAUAAAGAAAGGGGACACUGUUGUUGUGCAUGGUGCUCACAGGCUAUGUGUUAGGGAUCAAUUCCUUGUACUGAUUUGUGGCAGAGGAAACCUAGUCAACCAGACUGUUCACAAGGAGAAUGAAGGAUUGUUCCCGAAAUCCGCCAGGGAAGACAGCCAGGACUUUAUCCAGCACCUGGCACUGGAGAACAACCACGGCAUCGGGCUGAUGUUUAGUCUCUACGAACUCUGUCAAACGCUUUGCGAUAAACUGACCGGAAUUUUACCUCGUGAAAACGUCACCAGGAAACUCGCCAGCGUCAAUCAAAAAGGAGUUCUGGCCUCACUUGUGGAUCACAUCGCGUCCACGGUGCCCGUCGAAACCAAAAGACGAUCCCUGUCGCGAGAAUUCCUGGAGCACGGCGGUGGAUGCGCCCCCUGCACUAAGGAAACUUGUUGGAACAUUGACGUUUGGCCUCUGGAUCCCGACGCCGUUGAGAGGCGCUGCAACGACCGCGAGUUGUGGGUGACCACCACCGGCCCUGGCGGUCCGGACGUGAAAAAUAAAAUUCCGGAGAACAAUCCGAAAACGGCGUCGCCACUCUAUUGGAAACACGAUGUGGCCCCGAUCGAUUCGCGCUCCGACCGCCUCUCGAUCCUCCUGGGAAUCCUUUCGUUCCUUAACGGGCGUUGGGAGCUCAGGGACGGCCACGCUUCGGUGGAGGUCGUGGCCGUGGAUCGCGACUGUCACCAGUUCCGGGACCGAUGCGUUUUCGCCUCCAAGUUUUCCGUCCACCGGGAAUGCUUCACAGUGGAAGAGGAUCGCCACCACCAGCAGCAGAGGGUCUAUGUCAGCAUCGAGGAAUUCCACGCGGCCAGCCUGCCGCUGGCCAAGCCGGACGUCGUCGACGAGACGAAUCCGUCGACGGAGAGCGUCCGAUUCCUGGCGUUGAACAAGAGUCUUCCGCAAAUGGUUUACUCCAGCGACACGGCCAUCCGCCACGUUUUUGGCUUCCUGAUCGUGGCCUCCCUCCACGGCCAGUCGGAAGCCGAUCGGCUGGGCGACGAUCCCAAACGCCGCAAAAAGGACGAGUCGGUCGUCGAGUCCAGCCAGUGGCCGUCUUCCGCCGAAGGAGGUCCAGCCAACUGCAUCCUGCUGGUCAGCCAGGAUCACCCGACUUUGAGCUAUCCGGCCCUGGUGGAAGGCCGGGUCUACGAAAUCCGUCUGGCUCGCCGGAAACUACUGAGCAACCCGAUUUACCUCUCGGCCCUGAAAGAAGUGCCGCAGUACGCUCUGAAGAAUCACGUCUAUCUGGUUCCGGACGUGGUGGCAAUCUACCCGGUGGCCUACCACCUCCCGAGGAGUGAGUCGUACAUGCGCCGCGACGUACUGAGGGCGGAGGAGUGCCUGUCCCUGGACGAGAUCGGGCAGACGGUUUCGCUGCGGGGAAGGAUCGUCGACCGGAUGCAUAUGGAUCCUCGUUUUUCCAGCGAGCGAGUCGGCCAAACUUACACCACUCAUCGAGGAACAACUUGGCUGGGCAUUCCCGGCAACAAGAAAUUGAUCCUGAAAAUGGGCGACGACCGCGAGUGCAGCUUCGGCAGCCGGAUCGACGUGUAUUUCAAUCUGCGCGAGGGCCAGGUCUAUCCGCUGGGUCUCUUUGUCGGUACCGAAGUGGAACUGACGUGGCUGUGCUUGCGCAAGACGCACAAGACGGGCCGUCUCUACUGCACGUCGACUUUGUUGACGUGCAUCCGCCUCCUGAAAAUCGGCCGGAAUUUCGGGUCGAGCAAGCCGCGACUCGAGUUGAUGAAGGAGUCGUGUAUCGGGCGGCGCUACUUGUGCCAAUUGGAGUCCAUCCGGCCCAAGGAUGUCUUCAGCUGCCUCGUGACAGUGCGCUACAUCCAUAAAAUCUCCAUCAACUGCCUCUGCUCCGGCUGCGGCAAUGCUGUCACGAGGGGAACUUGCACUUACGUUGGCUGCCACUGGAACCAGCCAGGCUGCAAAGUCGAUCUGAAAGCCUGGUGCACGGUGGAAGACGGAACGGGCCAGGCCCUGGUCUUUUUCAGCGGCGAUUGCUGCCGAUCCUGGCUCAAAUUGCCGGCCAACGUCUGGAAAAUCCUGCAGGACAAUGUUUUACCCCACGAGGGCGAAUUCGUCUAUUUGUCAUCGAAAUCACGGCCUCCGGCAGUCAGUGUGGCCAGUCAGAUCCUAUCGCUUUAUUGUGACAGUUGCGUCCACCUGCGGCGACCGCUGCACGUCAUCGUUGACAAGUUCACCAACAACGAAGUCAAUGCCGGACAGGAGCGGACACCAGCUUAUUUCCUGAGGGAUCCACAGAAAAAUCGGCUCUUUUGCCUGCACGUCGGCGAGCGGGAUUCGACCUUAUGCGCCAACGAGCUAUCAGCUUUAGGGAGCCACUGAGCUUAUCAAAUGUUUUGUUUUUUCAAGUGUCGCUGUCGUCGUCGUCGUUAAAUCGAUUAGGUGAACGCAAAAUCGUGAUCCAUGUUCUUGAGUUUGAGCUUCUUCUGGGCGAUUUUGGAGUAUUUGAUGUCGAUGGGUUGGGUGGUGUCGUAGAGGGAGGGCGCCUGCAGGAUGAUGAUGGCCAUGCCGGCCACGCAGGCCACGAAGAACAGCCACAGGAAGAAGCGAUCCAAGACCAUGGCCACAAACUUCCAGUCUUCAAUCACCUAAAAUAAAUAGAAGAAAACAAAAAAUCCCCCGUCCCAUCCGAACAAACAAACAAACAGAGAAAAAAAGAAAAACAUUUUCAUUUCAUUUGAACUUUCGGAAUCGAUAAAAUGUCCGUCCGUAUGUACCACCCGCGUCCUUGUAUCAAUAGAAAAAAAGUCAAGUUGCUA